ACAGGAGACACGUCCAGGGAGCAACCGGUCGGAUGAGCAGCAGUUCCCGGCCCACCCCCCGCAUCCCCACAGCCCGUCCCAGACGCCAGCGAUGGAGCCCAGGACACCUCGGCCCGCCACCCUGGGCCCAGCCACCAGCCCUUGCAGCGCCAGCCGGCCCGAGGCCGGAGUGUGCUCCCUGGCGCUGCCCUCGGACCUGCAGCUGGACCGCCGGGCAGCCGAGGGCCCCGAGGCGGAGAGGCUGCGUGCGGCCCGAGUCCAGGAGCAGGUGCGGGCCCGGCUGCAGCAGAUGGGCCAGCAGGGGCGGCUGAACGGGCCCGAGCCGGAGGGGGCAGCCGAGGGCCCCAGAGGUGUCAGCCGCGGCCAGUACCACACCCUGCAGGCCGGCUUCAGCUCCCGCUCACAGGGCCUGAGCGCUGACCAUGCGACCCUCCGGCCCAUGGCCAAACCAGCCUGCAUCCCCCCAUCCUGGUCCUCACGCUCUGCUGUGGACCUGAGCAUCUCCCGGAGACCCAGCUCGGCCCACAACGGAGGCGGCGCCUUCGGGGGACCCCUGCCCGCCGGCCCCCCGCCCGGGCGGCCCCUGUCCUUCCACGAGCGGGCAGCAGGCGCCCGUGGAGACUACGACACGCUGUCCCUGCGCUCGCUGCGGCUGGGCCCCGGUCUGGAUGACCGCUACAGUGUGACGUCGGAGCAGCUGGAGCCAGCCGCCUACCGCGCCUUCGCCUUCGAGCGCCAGGCCAGCGUGGGCUCCGGCCGCAUGGGGGGCCCCGAUUGGCCCGAGGCUCCCGAGGGCGCCCCCAGCCGCACCAUCCGCGCCCCCGCCAUGCGCACGCUACAGCGAUUCCAGAGCAGUCACCGCAGCCGGGCCGUCGGCAUGGCGGCCGGGCCAAUGGAGCCAGUGGGCCGGGCUCUGGAGCCCACAGGCCGGGCGCCCUCCGUGCGCAGCCUCAGCCUGGCCGACGCGGGACACCUGCCCGAUGUGCGUGGGCUGGACAGCUACGGCGGGCAGCGCACCUUGCAGCGGCUGAGCAGCGGCUUUGACGACAUGGACCUGGCCUCGGCCGUCAAGUACCUCAUGGCCUCCGACCCCAACCUGCAGGUGCUGGGCGCCGCCUACAUCCAGCACCGAUGCUACAGCGAUGCCUCGGCCAAGAAGCAGGCCCGCAGCCUCCAGGCAGUGCCACGGCUGGUGAAGCUCUUCAACCAUGCCAACCAGGAGGUGCAGCGCCACGCCACGGGAGCCACGCGCAACCUCAUCUACGACAACGCGGACAACAAGUUGGCGCUGGUGGAGGAGAACGGCAUCUUCGAGCUGCUGCGGACGCUGCGGGAGCAGGACGAUGAGCUGCGGAAGAACGUCACAGGGAUCCUGUGGAACCUGUCAUCCAGUGACCACCUGAAGGACCGCCUGGCCCGUGACACGCUUGAGCAGCUCACAGACCUGGUUCUGAGCCCCCUCUCAGGGGCAGGCGGCCCACCUCUCAUCCAGCAGAACGCCUCGGAGGCCGAGAUCUUCUAUAAUGCCACCGGCUUCCUCAGGAAUCUGAGUUCAGCCUCCCAGGUCACCCGCCAGAAGAUGCGUGAGUGCCAUGGGCUGGUGGAUGCCCUGGUGACCUACAUCAACCACGCCCUGGAUGUGGGCAAGUGUGAAGACAAGAGCGUGGAGAAUGCAGUGUGUGUGCUGAGGAACCUCUCCUACCGCCUGUACGAUGAGAUGCCGCCAUCCGCCCUGCAGCGGCUGGAGGGCCGGGGCCGCAGGGACACGGCGGGGGCACCGGUCGGCGAGGUGGUGGGCUGCUUCACGCCGCAGAGUCGACGGCUCCGUGAGCUGCCCCUGACAGCUGACGCCUUGACCUUCGCGGAAGUGUCUAAGGACCCCAAGGGCCUGGAGUGGCUGUGGAGCCCCCAGAUCGUGGGGCUGUACAACCGACUGCUGCAGCGCUGUGAGCUGAACCGGCACACCACGGAGGCCGCGGCCGGUGCCCUGCAGAACAUCACCGCUGGGGACCGCAGGUGGGCAGGCGUGCUCAGCCGCCUAGCGCUGGAGCAGGAGCGCAUCCUGAACCCCCUGCUGGACCGCGUCCGCACCGCUGACCACCACCAGCUGCGCUCGCUCACAGGCCUCAUCCGGAACCUGUCCCGGAACGCCAGGAACAAGGACGAGAUGUCCACCAAGGUGGUGAGCCACCUGAUCGAGAAGCUGCCGGGCAGCGUGGGGGAGAAGUCGCCACCCGCGGACGUGCUGGUCAACAUGGUGGCGGUGCUCAACAACUUGGUUGUGGCCAGCCCCAUCGCCGCGCGAGACCUGCUGUACUUCGACGGGCUUCGCAAGCUGGUCUUCAUCAAGAAGAAACGGGACAGCCCAGACAGUGAGAAGUCCUCCAGGGCAGCCUCCAGCCUCCUGGCCAACCUGUGGCAGUACAGCAAGCUGCACCGCGACUUCCGGGCGAAGGGCUACCGAAAGGAGGACUUCCUGGGGCCAUAGCUGGAGGCCUUCCUGGAAGAGGAGGAAGACGCAGGUGCUCUAGCGUCCCAGGCACAGGCCCAGCAGGGCUGUUUAGUGGUGCUCAGAGGAGGAGGCCACCAGGCCCAGGGUUGUGUCCUGUGGAGUCCUCAGAGGACCUGGGCCACCAGGGAGGGGCGCUUUGGAUGGGGAUGCAGCUUUGCAGGCAGGGGGCGGGCAGGGCUUGGCUGCCUGGGUGAGGGGGUGGAGCCGGCGGGGCCCCGGGGUGCUGGGAAUAAAGAUGGUCGCACUUGG